AAAAACUAACUUGAUAAUUAUUGAGCAUAAAGAAUCACUAUUUAGGAGAGUGUUAAUGAAAAGGAGAGCGAUAGUGAAAUGGAUUAUAGUUUGGCAGCGUUGAAGCUAUUUUGCUCACAACUGAAACUCGCUCGUGAAGUUCCUUCACAACAUAGCUUCACUCUCGGUGGCAUUCUCUUUCAACGCGCUUGGUUACAGGGCGUUCUGGUGUCCUCCAACGACGGCAGCGGACCUCUUCUUCUCGACGAUGGAACCGGCAUCAUCGAACUCUCUCUUUCUGGCGAGUUCCGUCAACGUCAAUUCAAAGCUGGGAUGUAUGUGAUGGUAGUUGGAGGGUAUGCUACACGUGCGACGGGAGAACCUUCUGUGAUCAAAGUUCACAAGAUUGUUGAUCUUUCAUCAUCCCCCGACCGAGAAGCAAUGUGGUAUCUUGAAGUUAUGGAGGCAUACAAACUGUUCUAUCAGCCUCUUGUUGAAAACUUUAUAUAAUAGGGUACACAAUAAGACAGAGAAUGUGUAUUCGAGAUUAGCAUCUGACAUCUAGAAACUUUGUUUCUUUUGGCCACAAACACAUAAUUGUUUAAAGAUUGAAUUGGUAUUCGCAUCUCUAUUUCCAUAUUCUGUGAUAUACAUUAACAAAGUGCAUUGUAAAGUCAUCAUUCAUCACUACAACGUUUAUGAAUUAUACUGAUAUGCAAUAACUUAUCAAAAGGGGGUUGCAUAAGAAAA